AUGCGAAGUGUUCCAGCUGAAACUACAGCAUUUAAAGAGAAACAACAACAAGAACAACAACCAAUACAAUUAACAUCAACAAUUACAGUAUCAAGAAAUGAUCUUCGAACAGGUGAAGUACAAGAUUUAAAUAAACAAUUACAAACGGAAAAUGAAAAAUUGAAAGAACAACUAAUCUCUUUGACAUCGUCAUCACCAUCAUCUCCAUCAUCACCCUCAUCAACAACAUUAUCAUCAUCAUCAGAACACCCAAAUAGAGAUAGUACAACAAUUAUAUCACCAUCAAGACUUUUUUUCAAAAUCUUAGUCUAA